AAAAUCCCAGAGAUUAGCCCGUCAACCAUAUUGAAAGUCGGGUAUACGGCUCACAUGGGAAAAGCGGAAGCUCUCUGCCUUAUCAGAAAAAGAAUAUCGGUCCCUCUUCCUCAAAUCUUCAAUGCCUACAUGAUUGAAGAUAUUGGAUUCAUUUUGAUGGAAAAAGUUCCAGGGAUUCCCCUUGAAAAAUGCUGGGAAGAUUUACCAAGAGAUGCCAAGAGAUCUAUAGUCCAGUAACUCCAAGGCUUCAUACAGGAGUGGCACAAAAUUGAAGGGCCAUGUUUCGGAUCUAUUGACGGUGGUCCAUGCAAAGAUGUCUUCUUCAAACAUUCAUGGGAUCCGGAGCCCCGUCAGUAUGGACCCUUUUUGACAAGAAAGGAGUUCAACCAAGGAAGGGGUGGUGCAGGC